ACGUGCGCGAAUUGGUUAGUCCGUUGCUUGACGUCUCUCUGCUCUUCUUCACUGCAUUGCGUUUCUCAGAGCGAGAGAGGGAGGCAGAGUAGGCUCAUGGCGGCGGCGUUGGUGGCGGGAGCGCUCCGGCGGGGAAGAGCGGGCGCCGGCGGCGCGGCCGGGAGGACGCUGCGUAGGCUCGUGAGCACUCUGGUCGUGGCGGAGCACGAAGGCGGGCUUGUGAAGCCCUCAUCUCUCAGCGCACUUGUGGCUGCCGAGGCCAUCGCCAAAGAGAACAAGGUGUCUCUUCUCCUCGGCGGAUCCGGACCGGCGCUGCACAAGGCUGCCGAGCAUGCUGCGGCUAGCCAUCCGUUGGUCAAUGAGGUUCUUGUUGCGGACUCAGACGUGUUUGCGCAUCCUUUAGCCGAGCCUUGGGCCGAGCUGCUCCGCUCCGUGCAGCAGAAAGGCGGAUACUCUCAUGUUAUAGCCUCUUCGACAUCGUUCGGGAAGAAUUUGCUUCCACGCGCUGCGGCUCUUCUAGAUGUCUCCCCUGUCACGGACGUCACUGCAAUCUCUGAGCCCCGGGUCUUUGUGAGGCCAAUCUAUGCUGGAAAUGCACUCUGCACUGUACGAUAUACUGGGGAGUCUCCUUGUAUGAUGAGUAUUAGAUCAACAUCAUUUUCUCCAGCUACCGAGUCUAUGUCAGAAACUAAAGUUGCGCCUAUAACCCAGGUUGAUCUCUCUUUCCUCAGUGAAGCAAGCUCAAGGAAAUCUUCAUGGGUGAAUCUUACAUCCCAAGAUACAGAACGGCCAGAUCUUGCAAAUGCACGCGUGGUAGUCACUGGAGGCAGAGGUUUGAAGAGCGCCGAGAAUUUCAAAUUGUUGGAGCAGCUGGCAGAGAAACUUGGCGCAGCAGUGGGUGCGACCAGAGCUGCCGUAGAUGCAGGAUAUGUGCCAAAUGAACUACAAGUGGGGCAGACCGGGAAGAUUGUUGCGCCUGAGCUCUACAUUGCUUUCGGAGUGUCAGGGGCGAUACAACACUUGGCGGGGAUGAGAGAUUCCAAGUACAUUGUGGCGGUCAACAAAGACGCGGACGCCCCAAUAUUUCAGGUCGCGGAUUACGGGAUCGUUGGCGAUCUGUUCCAGGUCCUCGAGGAGCUCCUGGAGAAGAUCCCAGACAAGAAAUAAGUGUCGGGAGCGUGUGGCAAUCAUCCGUCAUGUUCCUCGUCAAUGCGUGGAAGGGGGUUUCGUCGAAAUGUGUCAUUGUUGUAUGGUUGGCCGGUUAAUAAGCACCUUGCUGGAUAGCGGUGUGCAAGCAGCAUAACUGGAGGAAUGUGUUCACAGUUGACAUUUUCGAAAACUCAUCUCCCCAGUUUUGUACAUAUAUGCACCAGAAUAUAGAGCGCAUGGGAAUAAUAAUGAAGUCGUGGUUAAUCCAGCUAUUGGUACAACAUUUGACUCACUA